AUGCACCAGCUGGUGGCAGCCUGCCCUCCGCCUUGUGUGGUGUGCACCCAAGAUGUAACCCUGUGUCAUCAACUGUCCUAUAUCUUAGCAGCCCCCACGACCACGAGGGUUUUGAUCGUCACUGACGGACGCCUCUCCUCUAUCGAGCAUGCAAAUCUGUCUCUCUUAUCUGAUCUGACUUUGCUCUCCCUGAGCAGAAACGCCAUCGAGGGCGUCCAACACGACGCCCUGCACGGGCUGACCAAGCUGCGGACGUUGCUGCUGGGGCAGAACCGCAUCUCCAGCUCCGCCCUGGCUGACCACACCUUCAGCGGGCUGCACAGCCUGCAGGUGCUGGUGCUGAGCAACAACGCUCUGCACACCUUGCGAGGGGCCUGGUUCCGAAACACCGGGGCCCUGACCAGGCUCCAGGUGGAUGGCAAUCAGAUCAGGAAUCUCACAGCCAGUUCUUUUGGAGGCACGGAUCUGCACAGACUCAGGCAUCUGGAUCUGUCUAACAAUUUCAUCUCCUACAUUGAGAAAGAUGCUUUCCGGCCCCUGCCCCAACUCCAGGAAGUGGACCUUUCUCGAAACAGGUUGACCCACGUGCCAGAUGUUUUUACUCCGCUAAAGCAGCUGAGUCUUCUGAACUUAGAUAAGAACAGGUGGAGCUGCACUUGUGACCUGCAGCCACUGGCCCACUUUUUAAGAAACUACAUUAAGUCUUCCGCUCACACACUGAGAAACACUGUGGACAUACACUGCCAGCGGUCGUUUCCAUCUGCGGCCAUCAAGAGUGUGCUGAGGCUGUCUGAGACCAACUGCGAUUCCAAGGCUCCCAACCUCACGCUGGUUCUAAAGGACAGGCGUCCCCUCCCGCCAGGGCCGGAUGGGACCCUGCUGACCGUGUUGGGCUUUGCAGGAGCUGUUGUCCUCACUUGUCUAGGUUUAGUUGCAUUUAACUGGAAACUCCGACAAGGCAAAGCAAAUGAACACACAUCAGAAAACCAUUGUUGCAGAACCUUCAAUGAAUCCCUGUGUGGUCAUGAGGCAAGAAAUCACCACGCUAAAGGAUACUGUAACUGCCACUUAACUCAGGAAAACGAGAUACAGGUCACGUCCAUCGUGGGGCUGGGAAAGGAAAUGCCACUUCUGCGGGAAAACAGCCAUCAAGCAGCAUUGGCCUCUGAGUCCACAGCCCUUGACAAAUCAUUCCGAAACCCGAAAGGGAAAGACCAUGGGGGAGACGGUGCUUUCCUCUGCCUGGAUAGCAGAUUGCUGCAGUCAGGAUGCUCAGAGCCUCCUGGAAAAAGGGCAGCUUUUCCUGAUGCAGGUUUAAUUACCAGAUACUGUCCAAAGAGCAUUGAAAAGCUGAGGAGUCUUCAGCAUGGAGAAGGCCAAUCUCAAACACUGCCGGGGCUUCUUAGGAGAACAACAGAUAUCGGCAGUGACACAUUUAGAAGAAGAUAUGCAAUAUCCGCUUCAGCUUUGGCAAGAGAAAGUCUUGAAAAGCACCUAACAAAUGAAUCGUGGCAGCCUCCAAUAGAAAAAGAAGACAAUGGCUUACAACCUCACAGGCAGAGACAUUUUAUUACAAGCUCAACAUCCAAGCCUUCUGAGGACGAGGAACACCAUAUACAAAAGACCUUAUACAAAUAUAGAUCAAAAUACGAUGAUGCUUAUAGACUCUUAAAACAGAACAAGACUCAGUAUGUUCAACCAAACAAUGGCCUUUCCUGUAAAUAUGUACUUUUUGAUCAAUUUCAAGAUUAUAGGAAAGAAAUGAAACUAAAUUGUAGUAAACCCUCCAAGUGUGAAAAAGAACAAAGCCAAAUUAAUAGUGCUAUAGAAAAGUUCCUUAAGAAUGAUGAUAACAUAGAGUUAUCGAAGUUAUCAACAAAAGUCAAGAAAACAUAUCCCCCAAAGAAGAUUAAUCUCUAUGAUCCUGAUUUAGUAGGACAAAAGAAGUUGGUUAUAAUGCCCAAAACAUCAACCCACUGGCAACCACAGGAAAGUCAUAGUAACCAACUCAUCAAGUUGGAUCUCAAAAAAUGUAGCAGCUAUGGGCACAGAAACAAAGGAGGAAAAUGGCUUUCUGAUUCACAAGUUCUGAAAAAGAAGAGAAUCAAGCAAUCAGAUCUCAAAGGCAAAACCAAAGGACAAAGUUUAAGGUUAAAAUUAAGUUCACACCCUUUUAGAAAAGUUAGAGUCCAUCCAGAAAACUCCUUACCAGAAUUCCCGAUGAAACAUAAACAAGUGUCAGUACCUCCUAAAAAAUUACCUAAAACCUCUGAGAAAAAAACUAAAGCAAACCUUGUGUCUUCUGCAGAUUUCCUUCAACAGCCAGAGAGUAGCAACUGUGUUAAACUCACUUCAAAAAGGCUGCUUUGCAAACAUGCUUCAAAGCAAACCCCAUCUUAUAGGAGAAACAGUAGAAGUGCCCCUCCUCUCGGUACUAAGAUGUCUGCAGGCAACCAGAGCUCCGUAAGGCACGACUACCACCCACCUGGUCUUUUUCCUGAUGUACAGGUGCCCAUCUUGCACCAGCCUGCAACUGGAGACGCUGAGGACAGCCUCUCACACUCUCAGUUCUCAACUGAGCCACGCAAAGGAGUAACUCAGCUUCAACAGGAAGCUCCUGGUUACUUAUCAAAUACUUUGGAAAAUGCAAGAAAUCACACUUUAUCAUCUCAACCUUCCAGUGGGAUUGGUGGCAACAGGGCAAUGGAGCCCACUGCACAGGUAGAACAAAACAAAUCAAAAGCCAGUGAGCUAAACCUAAACCAUUCUUCUCUGUCCUCAGGAAGCCAAACACAAAUACUGGGUGUGUACAAGACUGACACCUACACUGAAGAGCAUUCUUUGGAUCAAAAUCAAAUUUUACAACAUAAAGAACAAAACUCUGACUAUAAACAAGUAGAAAAUGAAACAAAAUCAUCAAUGACAAAGUCCAAAGUAUCGUAUCCACUUUUGGAAAGUUCUAUGGUGGAUCAGAAAGGGACUGAUGUAGGAACCAGUCUGCCUCUCACAAAAAUUUAUGAUUCUCCGCUCAUUUCCAAGACACAGUUCAAGAACAAUCUACCAUCUAUUAUGACAGAUUCUAUUCCAUAUCAAAAUACCAUAGAACUUCCCAAGGAAAUAGGUACUUCUCCUUUUGGUGGUCAAGCCACCUGGCAUCUAAUCAGUAGUAGUGAAAAAGACAUUGACAAACCAAAUACAUUGCCCAGAGAGGAUGAUACUGAAGACCUAGAGACAAAAAUAAUAGAAAGAGAAGAAGAAAAUAUACUUGAUGAAGGCAAGACAAAUUCUAGUACAUUAAUUUGGACCACACAAAUAACCCCGAAAGACAACACAAAAGAAAACCAGCAAACUGGGGAAAAUAAAAAAUGUGAGGAGCCUGUAUUAUGUGAUUUAAGCCCUGUUGAGGAAGCAGCUACACUUGAAGAUUUGAGUAUUGCAAGUUUCCAUGAAGCCAGAAAUGGACUACUUCAUAGUGGAACGUGCCCUGAUACUAAUAGUAAUAUGCAUGAUUUGAAAGAAACUUAAAAUAUUCAACCAGCUAAGGAUAACUGUGCACAUAGAGAUGGUACAAUGAUAAUGAAGACACAUGAAAUAAAAGACAUUCAUUUCAGGGCAUAAAAUGAGGUAUCUCUGAUUCCUAACAAAAUAAAUGAAGCUGAAAAUUCUUUUCCUAGACCUGAACUCUAUCCACCAUCUGCUGAAUAUGCUAAUACAUCACCUUUAGCAGCAGAACCCAGUGAAUAA